AUGUUUGUCAAAUCCGAGACCUUGGAGUUGAAGGAGGAAGAGGACGUGCUGGUGCUGCUGGGCUCGGCCUCCCCCGCCUCCGCCGCCCUCACCCCGCUGUCGUCCAGCGCCGACGAGGAGGAAGAGGAGGAGCUGGGCGCGUCGGGCGGGGCGCGCCGGCCGCGUGCGGCGGAGGCCGGGCCGGGGCCGCGGGGCGGCUCGCCGCCGGGAGCCGAGGGCUGCCGGCCGGCGCGGCUGCUGGGGCUGGUGCACGAGUGCAAGCGGCGCCCCUCCAGGGCGCGGGCUGUUUCCCGCGGCGCCAAGACGGCCGAGACGGUGCAGCGCAUCAAGAAGACCCGCAGACUGAAGGCCAACAACCGCGAGCGCAACCGCAUGCACAACCUCAAUGCGGCGCUGGACGCGCUGCGCGAGGUACUCCCCACGUUCCCCGAGGACGCCAAGCUCACCAAGAUCGAGACCCUGCGCUUCGCCCACAAUUAUAUCUGGGCGCUCACCGAGACCCUGCGCCUGGCGGACCACUGCGGGGGGGGUGGCGGAGGCCUGCCGGGGGCGCUCUUCCCCGAGACGGUGCUGCUGAGCCCGGGAGGCGCUAGCGCCACCCUGAGCAGCAGCGGAGACAGCCCGUCGCCGGCCUCCACCUGGAGCUGCAGCAACAGCCCGGCGCCGUCCUCCUCGGCGUCCUCCAACUCCACCUCCCCCUACAGCUGCACUUUAUCUCCCGCCAGCCCGGCCGGUUCCGACAUGGACUAUUGGCAGCCCCCGCCUCCCGACAAGCACCGCUACGCACCUCACCUCCCCAUGGUCAGGGACUGCAUCUAGAACUGCCAUCCGCGCCGCCGGCGCCAGGCCUUAGCGGGUCCCCGUUGCCGUCCCUGAUCUGGCCCUCCUGCCACCCUUCUGUCCCCUCUUCUGUCUAUGCCCUGGAGACCAUCUCACUUCACCGGGCAGGCAGUUUUAGCCGUUCUGAAUCCUGGGUUGUUUGCUGCAUUCCUUGACUAAGGGUUUCCUUCUUUAGGACGGUCUCUAAUUUAUUGACGGUGUGAUGGAGCUUGUUGUCAAAGAGGAUGGUACAAUUGUGGGGGCGUUUCUUAAGGCAAAAAAAAAAAAAAAAAAAAA